AGACACUUGAACAGGACUUGUGCUGCUACACAUAGUGAUUGGAAUACUUUAUAAUCAUGAAGAGGUUUGGUCGUCAGGAUUCAAAGACCAAGAAAUGGAAGUCACGACAAGGUUUAAUUAGCGUAGUCAUUUUUGAUCAUCAGCAUGUGUCAUCGAAAGCUAAAGAAUUUGUCUCAUCCAUUGCAAAUGCUGCUAUCUCACUUGCUUAUUGGUCAACGAAAGAGGACAACACUGCUAUUCAAGAUACUUGUGCAAAGAUGUAUGAAUUGUCUAUGCUACUGUGUAAUUCAAUUGAUAUGUUUGCCAAGGAUUACUCCUCCGUGGCGAGCUCACUGAAAGAAUUACUUUGUCAAGAAAUGAACCUUCAUCAAUUAAAUAAAAGUCUUCAACAAGCUGCGGGGAAAGUUUCUAAGCUAAAGAAGCAGAAUUUUGAGAAAGAAAAGAAUUUGGAAAAUCUCGGAAACGCUGAGCUGGAGUAUGAAGAACUUAAAGGUAGUUUUGAUACCAAGUACACAAAACAUGAGAUUUUGAAAACGCAAUGUGUGCGUGCAAACAUAAUACGUUUAGCUGAUGGUACCAAAAAAUUUGCUGAACGUAUUUCGACCAUAAGCGAAGCAGAAAAGAAAAUUUCUUCUCUAAUUCCUCUGGUACCAACUCAUAUGCGUCGUAACAAGGAAUAUCAAGGCUGGAAUGCGACUGAUGAACUAGUUAAAGAAACAGCAGAUUUAUUAAACAUUGCCCAACCUAUGCCCUUUACUAAAUUGCUUGCUGUGAACCAAGUUCGUGGUCGGAGAUUGAGAGCAAAAUCCUGUUUCGUGCUCGAAUCACAUGAUCCAAACAAACCUGAGGAAAUGGAUUGGGUCGCUAUUGAGCAGUCAAUGUCAGCUUCACUUGCUCAUCUAGACAUGAGCAAUACAGAUUGCUCAGAGCAGGAUAGCCGCUCAGAUUCAGAACUAUUUUCUUGUUCAAAGGAAAAACUUCAUCCUGGUGGAACUUUUGGAAGAAAAGAUGACAGUGACGGCUUAAAACAGCAAUGGCCUAAAAACAGAGUUCCUCCAGUUCGUCCGCCACCUCGUUCACCGAAGAAAAAAGCUGUUGGCGUGACGUUUGAACCGUACGCUGUUAGUCGAACAACUCCAGACAAUUUUGGACUUUAUGCGCAGUCUGAUUUGUUUCCUUUAGGCCGUAAACGUGAUAUGGAAAACGAGACAAAAAAUCUUUCAGUAUCAGAUAAUUCUGGUGAAUAUACUCUACCAAGACAAUUUAGCAUUGACAAAGAAGUCGUCUACGCUGUCUUGGAAGAAAACAGCGAAGAAAACACAGAUAAAAAUUCGUAUGUUGAUAUCAUAAAAUGAGUGGUUUGAGUGAAGUAAGAUUGUAGUGGAGAAAAUUUCAAGAAACACCUCGAAAUCAUGUCUAUUUAACACAGGUCUUGUCAUCAUAAACUUCUUAAAAAUUUAAAAGCACAAUUUCAUGCUGGUCGGGUCCAAGUAAAAAGCGUGAAAAAUUCAUGAAUAUUUGUUGCUUUGUUAACGUGAAACAUGUUGUAAAAGAAAUGAUUACCCAGUUUAGCAUUUAGGGUAUGUCACUUUGUCACAACAUACGUAACAAAAUAUGCGUCACAACAUACGUAAUAAAAUAUGCGUCACAACAA